GUUGCGCGUUACUCGACACCCACUUGAGAUGGCUCUUGGGUGGCACGGGCUUGUUUUGCGAGUCGUCAGCCGCGUAUCGGCAGACAGUCGGGAUCCGGUAGUAUCGCUUGUGUCGUACCGCUUUUCGUUGCACGCUUCCCAUCCUGCGGAACAAUAUCGAGAGAAUCUCUGAGGUCGAGUGCUGACUUCUCACACGUGCAAGAGACCGAGUCCGAAGGGAAAAGCGAAAAACGUGGGACGCACGGCGUUAUUGCCCGAUUAAGGAAAAACAGUGGUGCACGUCGAGUGUGCGCGUUUUUCGACGGAGAAAAAGGUAAGCGAGUGCACUACUUGCCCAAGGUGGUACGCGGUGCUGGUGGAGGGGCUGUCAGAUUUGCAGCCUUGUCUGGUCGUGCGUGUAGCGGCAGCGCUACUCGCCGAAUUAAAAUGGCGGGCCUGGUCGGCCUUACGCGCGGAGGUAACGGUCACCGACGAUGCUAAUCGCCGACGAAAGGGACACGUGAGGGUGGCCCCGUUGGCUACCGUUGUGCGUGCCGCUUCUGGAUAUUUUCCCGCGUCCGAGUGUCGCGCGUCGUUCGCUCGUGCAACAUAUUGUGUUUGUAUCACACCGAGUAUCGUCGCCGUAGGAGCAGCAGCAGCAGCUCGAGGACGCGGAGGGCCGAGAGUGAGAAAGAAAGCGAGCGAGCGAGCGAGUUCCUUUAGCACGUAAAUAAUAACGUUGCAAGUUUGUAAUACUUGUCCGAGAGAAACGGCCGCCACCGUGUGGACUGAAGCUGCGGAAAAAAAGGAGGGAAAUAAGAAGAGGGAGGGAGAAAGAGAGAAAGGGAGAAGGACAAGAAUAGAGCAAUAGGGAAAGAGCGGAAAGUUGAAAGGACGAACGCAGGACGCGGCAGAAGCCGAAGCGAAAACGCACGGACGAAAGUUAAUUCGACAAUGGACAAACAAUCACGAUGAAGUGACUACCAAGCGAGGUGUUGACUCUACACGACAACGACGACGAGUUCGAACAAGAGUGCCGUCGUCGGCAGCCGAUUGUGCCACGUUCCGGAGGACUAGUAGCCUCGAUGCCGAUGCCGACCGAAUACCACGAGAGCCACGGUAACCACGAGAACGCCAACUUCGCUCUCGGGUCCACGCAGGACGCCAGCAACAUGACGGCCAACAUGUACCGGGUGGGAGAUUACGUGUAUUUCGAAACCUCCACUUCGUCGCCAUACCAGAUCAGGAGGAUAGAAGAAUUAAAUAAGACACCAAACGGUAAUGUGGAAGCCAAAGUCAUGUGCUUCUUCAGGCGGAGGGAUUUACCUUCUACCUUAAUUAUGCUCGCAGACAAACAUCAAUUGGCAAGCGCGGAGCAGCAGAGGUCAGAAUCCCCUGCGAACACGCAGAAUCAGAAACUCGAGAACCCUGACACUGCUAAGGAAAUGACUAGUAAAGAUGGGAUCGGGCCCAAAGUGAUGAUCAAAGGGGGCGGGAAAGGGGGCUGGCUGAAGGCCCCAUUAUCGGAGGCCCAAGAGCCCCAUGGGCUGGACGAGACUGUGGGCCCAGGAGGAGUGCCGGAAUUGAGUUCUAAACAGCGUCACCAAAUGAAGCACCGGGAACUCUUCCUGUCGCGGCAAGUGGAGACCAUGCCCGCCACACAUAUUCGAGGCAAAUGCUGCGUGACGUUACUAAACGAAACCGAAUCCUUAUUGAGCUACUUAAACAAGGAGGAUUCGUUUUUUUAUUGUUUAGUAUUUGAUCCUACCCAACGGACUUUGCUCGCCGAUAGAGGUGAAAUAAGAGUGGGCAGCAGAUAUCAAGCCGACGGCAUUGCCCCGGCGGUGUUAUCGCCCGCGGAGAGGGAAACGGAUUCCCGCAGGUCGCAGGAUUUAGAGACGCUGGUGUGGACACCACGGCACAAUUUGACGGAUCGUCAGAUCGAUCAGUUCCUUGUGGUCAGUAGAUCAGUCGGGACUUUCGCGAGAGCACUCGACUGCUCGUCCUCCGUCAAGCAGCCCUCAUUACACAUGUCAGCGGCUGCGGCCUCCAGGGACAUCACUCUGUUUCAUGCGAUGGAUACUUUACACCGGCACAGCUACGACAUAGCGAAGGCCAUGUCGUCGCUGGUACCUAGCUCCGGCCCAGUAUUAUGUCGAGACGAGAUGGAAGAAUGGAGCGCGUCCGAGGCAAACCUGUUCGAGGAAGCGCUUGAGAAAUACGGGAAGGAUUUCCCCGAUAUACGAACAGACUUUUUACCGUGGAAGACGUUGAUGAACGUGAUCGAGUACUACUAUAUGUGGAAGACGACCGAUCGCUACGUUCAGCAAAAGAGAGUAAAGGCGGUUGAAGCAGAGAGCAAACUGAAACAAGUUUAUAUACCAAAUUACAACAAAGCUCCCGCGUCUACCGCCGUUCCUUCUUCUGCGACGAUCGUACCGUUGGGCAACAGCAACAAUAGUAGUAACGGAAAGCCGACCAACGUGCUGAAUGGCAAUAGCAACGGUAGCAUGCCCGGUGAAAACUCCGGGAUACUAAUGGUCGGUGUCGGCGGCAAACCAUGCGAAAGUUGUCAGAUAGUACAGAGCCCGCAAUGGUAUGCAUGGGGUCCUUCGCACAUGCAGUGCCGCCUUUGCCAAUCCUGCUGGACAUACUGGAAGAAAUACGGAGGUCUCAAGGUGCCGUCUCGAAUGGAUGACGUUGAUCUCGAGAGAAAACGCACCGGCGCCGGGUCAGACGAGGAGAGCAAAGGCAUCGGUGGCGCGCACCGACCCCACCGAUGCAACAUUCCCGGCUGCACGAAGGAAUUUAAACUCAAGGCUCAUCUGAGCCGUCACUACGCCAGUGCACACGGGCUUGACCUUCGUGGUCCCGCCGGUAGUGGCGGAGGUGGUGGUGGAUCUCCUCGGCCAGUGAUGAAGACUAGAUCCGCGUUUUACUUACGCACGUCUAUACUCGCGCGGGCCUCACGGCGUCUAUGCGCCAGCCAGCUACGCACACGUCACGCUGCACGGGCGCCCCAUCAGCCGGUGAACGCAGCGCCACUUAGACACCUUUGCACGCAACUGACGUCUAAGAGUCCGAACGAAUUACGGCUCUUGGCUCGGGCGGUACGGCCGCGUCCACGUCCCCGUGUGGCCGACAUCGCCUCGCGGCUGGGUGAUCAUCCAUCUCCGCGGCAACCCGGUGAUUGGGACUGGUUAGCUUUGACCGCACCAGGCCAGCGUAAACAACCGGAGCGAGUGUCAUUCCCUCGACCGCCUAAGGCACCUGAUGGUAGUCUACUUUAUGAGAGGGUUCCCAAUAAGCCCGAAGUAGAUAGGCUCGCGAUAACUCCGCCGCAACCACAACCCGUCAUGCCGACGCAGCAAACCAUCAUGAAGCGUACAAGACCGUUUGAUGAAGUGAAUGGUUCAGAUGGUCUCGCCUUGAGCUCAGGACUUCCCAGCGGCGGACCUCCGGCGAAAAGAGCUCAUCUUACUCAGCAAUUACAUCCAAAGCAUGCGUUGGAACACUCCACACCAGCAGUGCUUCCUCUAGCACCUCCUCUCAAUGGCAGGGCCACUCAUCCACAUCCUUUGCCGUCUCACCCGCCACUGUCGCGAAGUAACGCACGCAAACAAGUGAUUUCCUGGAUGGAUGCUCCCGAUGAUGUAUACUUUCGAGCUACUGAGCAGAUCAAAAGACUCAGAAGGACUCUCUCUUCAGCGGAGUUACGAAGAGCGGCACGUAAGCCAUGGCGUAGACUAUCAGCUCCUCUACAUCCGCCGCAUCUGCAAAGGGCAGUACGUGGCGAAGAUAUGGUCGUUAUCUUGGACUGAAUUAUUCGCGAUUCAACGGUCGCGCGAACCAACUUGUCGUCAUUGGUUCGUCCUCCCGCGAGCUACCAUGCACGCUGUUAUCGUAAUUUUAACGCCACGCCACUCCGAGAGUGAACAAGUCACACACUGGAAAGCAACGUUUGUUCUACUUUUGGAAACGAAGCUACGUCUUGUCACCGGCAGCUGCCUCGACGUCAAGAAUGGAGAAUCAUUAGAUAGGGCAGAGAGAGAG